CUUCCUUUCAGUCCACUUCGUCGCCCUUUCCCGAGCACCCGACCUUUUAAUUCUGCUCUACAAUUGCUUCACAACCUCCGCUUCAAGGAUUUCCCUCGUCCACAUUACAAAUAUCAAAUCCGCAGACGCACGGAGACUUGAGAUCAGUGGCCUUUUGCAUGCGACUCGCGGUUUUUGGCCUUUUUUUUGUCCCCUAUUUUUCCAUGAUCGGGUGAGGAGGGGUUUUCCGGAGCAUAGAAUUGAUGGAUUGACGUUGGAAGUAGAAUUGUUGGGCGUGAGAUUAAGCGGCGUUUCGAGGGUGGAUGUUGCCCAAGGAUUCAAUUGUGUUUCUCCUACAAGAUAAAAUCUGUUCGAGCCGGUGACCUAUAUGUAAAUCCUUUUAUGUUGCUACAGCCGUCAUUUAUCUGGAGCUCAAGGUUCUCGAGUGUUGAUUCUUGGAGAAAGACGUCGAGCAUUUCCGCAGGGAUGGCGGGAAGCCUUCGCCUGUUCGUAUCUAUCCCAGCUACAGCACGCCACUUUGGAAUCAAUGGUGUGGAGAAGGCACAAAGAGUCCAUAACAGAGUAAAUGGAAGAUAUAAAAUCAAUGCUGCCUCAGGUCCUAGCCAAGGAGGGGGUGUACUGGACAGACCAACCAUUGACAAGCCCACUCCUGGUCGUGAGAGCGAGUUUGAUCUCAAGAAGAAAAAGAAGAUGUCACCCCCAUAUCGUGUUAUGCUCCACAAUGACAACUUCAACAAGCGUGAAUACGUUGUCCAAGUUCUGAUGAAAGCCAUUCCCGGAAUGACAGUAGACAUCGCUGUGAAUGUCAUGAAUGAGGCCCACAUCAAUGGUCUUGCAGUUGUUAUAGUGUGCCCUCAGGAAGAUGCUGAGGACUACUGCAUGCAGCUGAGAACGAACGGUCUUUUGAGUUCAAUAGAACCUGCAAGCUGUUAAUCACUUGUCAGGUGGACCUUUGAGUGUAAAGUAUAUGAACGUAAUCUGUGUAAUAGAUAGAUUGAUAGAAGUGAUGAAAUAAUUCUAGAGCUCUUGCGUUGUGUGAGGAUUCGUACCCCAAUAUCAAUGCAAAUCUUUUACGAGCUAUUUUUUAUGACCUAGAAGCUUCUUGAAACUUGAAAAUGGCAGUGCCUGUCGAGAAAUAAAUGGGGUUACACA